UCAUUUGACAUUCCUUGCAUGUUAGCAUGGUGGUUAGCAUGUUAGCUGUGUGUAAGAGCAGGUGACGGAGUUUGUGCCGGUGUUUAGUCGUGUUUAGUGGUGUUUAAUAAUGUUUAAUGGUGUUUAGUUGUGUUUUAGUGGUGUUUGUUUAGUGCUGUUUAAUGGUGUUUAAUCGUGUUUAAUGGUGUUUAGUGGUCUUUAGUGGGUCUUUAGUAGUGUUUAAUAAUGUUUAAUGGUGUUUAGUGCUGUUUAAUGGUGUUUGUGUAGUGUGGUGUUUAAUGGUGUUUAAUGGUGUUUGUUUAGUGGUGAUUAAUGUUUAGUGGUGUUUAAUGGUGUGUUUAAUGGUGUUUAGUGGUGUUCAAUGGUGUUUUUAAUGGUGUUUAGUGGUGUUUUAAUGGUGUUUGUUUAGUGGUGUUUAGUGGUGUUUAAUGAUGCUGGCUUUGCUCUCGGCGGCUGCUGCUCCUGUCCGUUUUGGACUGAGGACUUUACAGCGAUCUUCUCUCACUGCUGCUGUUGGGAAACUGUCUUUAGCUCGAUUACAUGUCCACACUAACAAGAACCUGACACUGAAUUACCUGAAGCCGCUGUGGGCUGGAAAUGAUCCGUGGUCUACGUUUAAACUUCACUCAGGUGACACUUCUAAAGAUGGACAACCAGGAGGAGGAGGAGGAAAGAAAGGAGGGAAGAGAGACUGGAAAAGUCGUUUAGAGCAGGGUGAUGUUCCAUGGGAUGAUAAUGACUUCCGUUACACGGCCAUCACAGUAGCAGGUGUUGCAUCUGCCCUGCUCUACUUGUACCUCCGGGAUCCAGGCACCGAAAUUACUUGGAAAGACUUUGUCCAUCGUUACCUGGCCAGAGGACUAGUUGAGGGUUUGGAGGUCAUUAACAAGCAGUUUGUCAGGGUCAUCCUAGUCCCUGGUGCACAUGGGACAGAUGGAAGCUAUUUAUGGUUCAACAUUGGCAGCGUAGACACCUUUGAGCGAAAUCUAGAAGCAGCUCACUAUGAGCUGGGACUGGAGUCAUCAAACACAGUGCCAGUUGUCUACCGCUCGAAGAUUGAUGGGUCUUUUAUUAAGAGCAUUAUACCUACUUUGCUGCUGAUUGGUUUUCUGCUCUUCACCCUACGACGAGCAUCAAUGGGUGGCGGCGGCGGCGGUGGAAAGGGGCGUGGACUUUUCGGCAUGAGCGAAUCCCCUGCCAAGAUGAUGAAGGACAACAUAGAUGUGAAGUUUAAAGAUGUUGCUGGGUGUGAAGAGGCAAAACUAGAGAUCCUAGAAUUUGUCAACUUUCUGAAGAACCCACAACAGUACCAGGAUCUGGGUGCUAAGAUCCCUAAGGGGGCUGUGCUGUCAGGACCUCCAGGAACAGGCAAGACUCUGCUGGCCAAAGCCACUGCUGGAGAGGCCAACGUGCCCUUUAUUACUGUCAAUGGCUCUGAAUUCCUUGAGAUGUUUGUGGGCGUAGGUCCAGCCAGGGUGAGGGACAUGUUUGCUAUGGCGAGGAAGAACGCUCCCUGCAUCCUGUUCAUAGAUGAGAUAGAUGCAGUUGGCAGGAAGAGAGGUGGAGGAAACUUUGGUGGUCAGAGUGAGCAGGAGAACACCCUCAACCAGCUGCUUGUGGAAAUGGAUGGUUUUAACAGCAGUACAAAUGUUGUGGUCUUGGCUGGAACAAACAGACCUGAUAUUCUGGACCCUGCUCUGAUGCGGCCGGGGAGGUUCGACAGGCAGAUUUACAUCGGACCUCCUGAUAUAAAGGGCAGAGCCUCCAUCUUUAAGGUUCACCUGAAGCCCCUCAAACUGGACCAGAAUCUAGACCCAGAUGCUCUUGCUAGGAAAAUGGCUGCUUCCACCCCUGGUUUUACAGGUGCUGACAUUGCGAAUGUGUGUAACGAAGCUGCCUUAAUUGCAGCCAGAUAUCUCAGCAAAGCCGUCAGUACCAAACACUUUGAACAGGCCAUUGACCGAGUGAUCGGAGGUCUUGAGAAAAAGACACAAGUCUUGCAGCCCACUGAGAAGAAGACGGUGGCUUAUCACGAGGCUGGACACGCUAUAGUCGGCUGGUUACUCGAGCACACUGACCCACUACUCAAGGUUUCCAUUAUUCCACGUGGGAAAGGUCUGGGCUACGCACAAUACCUGCCUAAAGAGCAGUACCUGUACACACGGGAGCAGCUGUUUGACAGGAUGUGCAUGAUGCUGGGUGGUCGUGUGGCUGAGCAGGUUUUCUUUAGCAGAAUUACCACCGGUGCUCAGGAUGACCUGAAGAAAGUCACACAGUCAGCCUACGCUCAGAUUGUGCAGUUUGGGAUGAGUGAAAAGGUGGGCCAGGUGUCCUUCGAUCUUCCACGGCAGGGCGACACGGUGCUGGAGAAGCCCUACAGCGAGGCCACGGCCGAGCUCAUCGACCAGGAGGUCAGAGAACUGGUGGAUGGUGCCUACCAGAGAACUCUGAAGCUCAUCACAGAGCAACGUGACCUGGUUGAAAAGGUGGCAAAGCACCUACUGGAGAAAGAGGUCCUGGAUAAAGCCGACAUGAUGGAGCUGCUCGGUCCCAGGCCGUUCGAGGAGAAAUCCACCUAUGAGGAGUUUGUGGAUGGCACAGGCAGCUUCGAGGAGGACACAAGCCUACCUGAGGGGCUAAAGGACUGGAACAAGGAAAAGGAGAAGAACCAGGAUGAGGUGGAAACCACCCAAAAAAAACAGGCAGCUUAAAUUCUGAACAAGAUCUCAGAUUCUCUCUCGUACCAGACCAAGGUGGCAUUUCUGUGGACUAAAGGUUGUGUUUCACAUGUGAAAUGUUAAUACGAGGCUUAUAAUAAGAAUGAAAAUGCCUUAAUCAUCAGCAGAGGAACAGGAGUGAGAAUCUUGCACUGAAGUCUGUACGAUGUUUUGUUUUUAAAAACCGGAUACGUGACUUCGGACCUUGUUAUUUAAUUUCAGCAGUUUUAGUAGCUGAUGAUGGACUGAUUUGUUUACAUUGUGAAUUUUUUUAAAUCUUCUUUAUGAAACAGAAGAGAAAAGAUGAUGUAUAUUUGUAUUUAUCAUUUGCAGACUGGUCUGAAAUCCUCAGCUGGACAAACCUGUAUAUUACACUUACUUAAUUAUACACACCUAUUCCUCCGCACACACACACACACCAUACAGUUUGUAAAUGAUGUUUUUUCUGGAUGUCUUCUGUUUUUCAUCAAAAACUAUUCAUGUACACUAAAAUAAUGUGUUCACAAUAGCAGGUGAAUAUAUAUAUAUAUAUAUAUACACACACACAUAUAAAAUUUCUCUUUCUGAAGAUUUAACAGCUAAAAAAAACUUUUGGUGAAACUGUAAAUGGUUUACUUCACUCUUGAACCUUUAUUUUUUGAGUACUUCCUGCAUACAGUACAUUCUCAGGCCCUUCAAAUGAGAAGUAUCCUAAAUCCAGGACAUCGUUAUCUACUUCAUGCGACUGGCAUUUGUUGGAUCUCAAAAACCCCAAAGCUGGGAGAAUUUUCAUGACUCUUGGUAUUAAUUGAGUAACGAGCACUUCACAGCUCUUAUGGUUUCAGUCCUGAGCUCUGGUUACUGUACUUUUUAUGCUGUCCUUUCUUCAUAUAAUCACUCUGGUUUCUCCUCCUUGCUGAAAUCUUAGUCAUACACUUUUGGUUUGCCCCAAUAGCCUAUUUAUGGCCAAAACCAAGCCACACUUUCUCUGUCAGCACAAUUAGGCCACAGCCAGAUUGAUUUUAUCCGCAGCUUCUCUUGCUUCAAGCGUAUACUUUGGUCAUGAGGGAAAUUCUUGUGUUCAAAGUUGGACACCAGAAUAAGUGCCAUCUUCCAGUCUAGAUUUUAGCGUUAAUACAGACGUCAUGCAGUGA